UAAAACCAAAAACAACGUUUUACAGUGUCUUUCGUUAAUUAUCAAAGCACUCUUUUCCACUGUAAACACUGAGUUGUCCGAAAAAUGAUGUUUGCCCCUUUCGGAGGAAAAAAGUCAGAUCAGUUUCACAAAUUGUUCAAGAAAACUCCGGACUGAGACCUUCUGUAUCCGAUCUAACACUCCCGGGAACCAAAGAUGGCGGCUUUGCAACGUUUGGCGGCAAGGACGUUCAGUACUGUAGCUAAAAACAACAAAAGUAAAGAAUGGGUCAACUAUUUCAUGAGCACGCAUUUUUGGGGACCAGUUGCAAACUGGGGCAUCCCACUGGCUGCUAUCGGUGAUAUGAAGAAAAGUCCUGAAAUCAUCAGUGGGAAGAUGACUUUUGCCCUGUGUAUCUACUCUCUGUUGUUCAUGAGGUUUGCCUGGAAGGUCCAGCCCAGAAACAUGCUGCUGUUCGCCUGUCACUUUACCAAUGAGACGGCACAGAUCAUACAGGGCAUGCGCCUCGCAAAACACCUGUAUGUUGAUCCAUCAGCAGAACAGGAUCCGAAGAAGUCUUCAUAAACACCCGAGUUGUCUUCUACUCAGUAUUAUUGAAUGAAAGUUAGAUUUGCUUUGAUGAACAUACAGGGUUUGAGACACUUUUCUAACCGCAGGUUGUCCAUGGCACAACCUAAGCCAAAAACUAGGUUGGCCACCAGCAUUUCAGGUUGCCCCAAUUCCAAGGCCUGUAUUUCUGCGUAUGACUGUGUACCUAGAUUUAACAGGUACAGGUAAGGAGGUAUGUACAGGCUUUGCUACAUACAACGGUAGUCCUCUAGCACAACACUUGCAACUUUUGCCUUGAAACUAAAUAAAUUGCCUUAAUAUUAAAUACAUGUGCCCUUGAACAAUGCAAAUGGGCAUCUGAGUAUCUCAAAUCCUGCAUUAAUUUUAAGUGGUGACAGCUUGUAAUGUAAAUAUGGGAUAUUACGUUUAUGGAGGUCAGACAAAAUGUAAAGACAAUUCAAUCUCUACAACAGUUACUGGAUAAAAUUUGGAGAUUACUUCCGUAUAUUUUGAGUGACAUCCAUCACUCUGAGCUCCCAUGAUGUUGUCUUACCAUAGAAGCUAUGCCUACCUAAUUUGCAUAUGGGUGACAUUUGCAUAUGGGUGACAUUUGCAUAGCGAUACCAUCCUUACAAGUUUGUGACUUUGGAAAGUUCAAAUGAUGAUUGUACUAAUAUAGUAUUGAUUUACUCUACCAGUCCAAUCUAGUGAUGCUGAAGAAGAGUGAUGGAUGUCACUCGCAAUGUCCAGAAGUAUUUUCCAAGUUGUAGAGAUUAAAAAUUACCUUUAAAUGAUAUGGGAUAUUGUUUAGAUAUGACUAAAAAAAAGAGUACAUAUUACAAUGAGUAUUAGAGUUUUGUUUUAUUACUCAAGAGUAUUGGUGAUAAAAACGUUUUAAUAAUGCAACUUUGUGUGGUCAUAGGCCAGUAUUUAUUGUCUCAUAAACAAGCCAAUCUUUGGAAAUCUUCACAUCAAAGAGUUAAUGUCACAGUCAAUAUUUUAUAGGUGAAUACAUGUAUCUAUGUGAAGCCAUGUGAAACAUUUCAACAUGUUCAUAGCUUUAUGAAACAUGUACAUGUUGUAAAAUCAGUGUUAGAUUACUUGUAUUGGAAUUUUGGCAUUAACAGCUAUUGUGUUUUGUGUGAAUUUGUGGUUCAGAAAUAAAGUAUGAAAAAUGA